CUUGGUUGAUAAGACGUGAUUGUCCGGCUUCGAUCUCGUCGACUGGCGCCACGGCGCACAGCGACCGGACACCUGCGCGCGCACUCCCUUAUUGAUGUCGAGUGGAUUUCGAGCGUGAACGUUAUGCAACCGAUAACAGUUAUAUAACAGACACACUAAAUGUAGUAAAAACUUUGCAUACUUCCCAUCAGUCAUCAGCGAUCAGUCGACGGUGGACGACAGACGAGUGCUUGUCGUUGACGUGUGUUGCGGAAAGUUUCUAGUGCACGUAUUAUUUUGUUAUAUUAUUCAGCCGGUGUCGUUCCUGUUGGCGAAUUACAAUGCGGUGUCUUAUGGUGUUUGAUAAUUUAAACGACAUCGUGUUCAUGAAAUGCGACACGAAAUUCUGCCAACACAUUCGGAAAAUCGGAAUUUCGCAGGACCUCAUAAAACCAACGGAGAAUGAAAAUGAAAGCUGUGAUAGAAUUGAUCCAGAUCUAAUACUUCAGAUUUUUUCACCAAUGGUUACAUCUCAGAAAAUUAUGAAUUGUCAUUUUUCAAAUCGGUAUACCUCAAUGCAGUGUCAAAAUGGAACAAAUAUUGUUUUUGAUGAGUACUUAGGUCAUUUGUUCAUAUAUAUUGGUGACAAGGAGGUAUCUUGGCAACAAAAAGUACUUAGUAUAUCAAUUUUAUUCAUAAAAAGAAUUUGUGGUUCAGAUGUUUCAUUAUUGAAAUACAGUCGCCGUCGCCGUUUUCUGGUUUCUAAGCUCUUAGAUGUUUGGUUAAAACGUUCAGGUGAAGAACAGUGUGUAUUGAUUGAAGCCAUUGAACAACUGACUGUCAGUGCAGAGCUUUCUACAGCUGCAUUAACAGCCGCUAAAACAGCAGCUGAGAAAAUGAAAUCAAAAUCUGCCUUUUCAAGGGUUCAUAUACUUAUAAUGGUUCGACAAAAAUUUUUGACUUUGUAUUCUAGUCGUAAUGCAACUGAUCUGUCUGCGGGUGAUACAGUAUUCUUAGCACUUUUAGCUGAGGCUAUACAAUCUGUUGAUUCAGAACCUAAGGAUAAAUCAGAUCUUGAUGUAAUUAUUGUGGAAAAAGAAGAAUCUCUACAGUUGGAAAAUAAUAUACCGUUGCAACGAAAUAAAAUUAACAGUUUACUGAUUCUUCUGGGUCAACAUGGGUUAAAAUUAAAUGCUGUACAUUUAUCAUUCAUUACUGAUGGUGUCCCAUUAUUUAUCAUUCAUGAGAUCGGUAAUGAUGUUUUUAAUAGUAGUGUUAUUGAUUCAUUAACAUCAUUUUGCACAAUCCAAGAAAUCCAAAUUCGAGGAACUGUUGAUCGCGAAGCACUAAAAAUUGCUUAUGAUACAGUUGAUAGUUCCAUGAAAAAAAUUAUUGAUUUGUUUAAAAAGAAAAAUGCCCCAUUUGCUCCAACUCGAAGUGUUCUUGCCAUAAUUACCACUUUAGCUACUAGAUGGGAGCCAUUGAAAAAGAAAUACCUGGACUACUUUAAAAAUAAUGAUAGUUCAGCAUUAAUUGCUAUAGAAUCGAGCAACAUGAAUAUCAUAUGUAGUUUAAAAGAUCUUCAUCACCAUUGUAUGCUGAAUGAAUCAUUGAUUGAUAAUUAUACAAAAGAAGCGGUGAGUGAAGCUUCUGCAAUGGUUGCUGUAAUGUUACGUGAUUAUACAUCAUUUUUUGAGGUGAAAGCGAUGAACAAUUUUACAAUGAGAUCAAGGUCGACAUUAAAUAUUAAUAAAUAUUUAGAAGAAUUCCCAGGUCUAGUACAUUUCAUUUAUGUAGAUCGAAUGUCUCAUCGGAUGAUAGCUCCAGGGUUAGAGUUUGCGUCACAAGAAACGCUUGAGCUCACUAAAAAAAAGGUAUGGUCCAUGAUCGAUUUUAGUAGACAGCAUUUAAGAGAUGGACAUUUUAUUGUUUUAUGGAAAGACAAUACUUUUACAUAUUCAUAUUUCUUGUGGUUUGAGGAUCAAUCAGGUACAUCAUUAAAGCCAAGAGUUCAACCUACAGCUUCAGAGUUAUUCCCAGGAAUAUUAAAUGGUGAUUACUACGAGAAGCUUAUAGAACAAUGUUUUCCAAGAAUGUCAAAAGGAAAAGUACGUUGUUUUGAACUAUUCUGUGUACACUUGGGACUGGCAACUGCUUCUUGUGUAUUAGAACAUUCUCGGAGAUUAUCAGCAACUGUAUGGGAAGUAACUGGAAGACCUAGUAAUCUUCUGGAUUUGUUUUAAACCGUUUUUAAUUUAAAUGUUUCAUUCCAUUUUUUUUCUUUUAUAUUUACAAUUAACAUUAUGUUUUUAUUGAUCUCAUAUUAUGAUGUCACUUAAACCAUUUUUAUUUAAAUAUCUAUAAUUUAUUUAUUGUUUACUUAUUUUUUAUAUAUAUUAUUUUAUGUUAUGAUUUAAUUUAAAUGUUUUAUUAUUAUUUAUAGAUUUACUCGAUAACAAUAUUAUUAUUACUACUUAAUAAUGAGCUUUAAACUUUGAAUUCAAACCCAUUUUUAUGUGCCAAUCUAUUUGCCAAAAAUUGGAUAAGCAUUAUAUAAGUAUUUUUACGGUUGUGAAUUAUAAAAUAACUGUGUUUGAAAAAAAAAAUAAUUAUGUUAUUAUUUAUGUAAUUUUGGUGAAUGUUUUUUUUAUAAAGAUACUCAAUGUGUGUCAUAUCAUUAAUCAAAUAUACAAUAUUGUUUUAAUGUUUUUUACAUUUAAUGAUUUAUCAUUUAUUUAAUUAAAUUAAUAACACGUACAAUGUACAUGUUUGAUGUUAUAAUUAUAAUAUGGAGAGAAACGGGCUAUGGACACUUGUAGCUGAUGUACAACAUCUAUUUUAAAGUACUAUCAGCGGUCGUGCACCAAAAUUGACCUGCGUGCAGGAAUACAAAACUAUAAGUCUCACGAUGUAAUUCACUUUGGUUUUGUCCCAAUACAAACAAAAGUAUUUAUCAUAAUAUAUGCUAUCUAAAAUAGAUCUUUCGUCUGAAAAAUGAAGAUACUGUAAGUGAUACGUCAAUAUGAAUUAUAAAAUUAAUUUCUUACCUUCACAGCAUCGUAACUUACAAAUCGAAAUCGUUGAAUAAUUUUAAAUACUCGUUUUUUAGUGAAAGGCGUUCCUAUGUAAAGUUAUGAAAUUGAGUAAAUGAUAAAAUGCAUAAUUUUUCCAGUGUAUAAUUGAACAUAUUUAACAUUUUACAGUAUAAUGGCAAAUUUUCACAUUUAAUGUUGUUCAGUAUCUCUAAGUAAAUUGCUCAAAGAUGUAAUAAAGUAUGCUGGUAAAUUGUGUUUAUUGUUCUCUUUUUUUUUGUUUUGUUAGCUUUACUAAUAAAUAUUUAAAUUAUUAAAUUUGCUCUAGACAUUCCAGACUUGAACCACAUAGACCAAAGCGAUAAAAAUAUAAUAAAAGAAAAAGAAAAUUUAAAAACUA